AUGACUAAUUUGGCCGUGAACUCACCGACCGGUAGCAGUUCCUCGGCCUCGACCAGCUCGACAGAAGAGAAACGAAAGACCGUGCAGAGAAGAGGACGGCAAGUGUAUCCACCCAGAAGGGCGAGUUUGGGUAAUUCCACGUCACAGUUGGUCGUAGCCGUCAGAAUACGACCGUUGAAUGAGAAUGAGAAACAGAAGAAAGGAUUCGAAUGUGCUUACGCGUUGGAUCAGCAGGUCAGUUGUACAUGUUUUUGAAUUUGGCAUUUUGAAAUUUUAUGAUUGUCAUUAAACCUAACAGUAAGAUUAAUAUUAUGGUGAGAUUAUUUUCAGAAAGUGCUACUGGUUGAUCCAGAAAAAUAUGAAAACAAUAUUUUGCGACAGAAUCGACAGCACGAACGGACUUUUAAUUUUGAUGCUGUUUUUGGACCUGGAUCAGAACAUGUAAGUCAUUUUUGAUUAAUAAAUGUCAUAGUAAAAAUAUAAAAAGUAGUUCACAACAUAUUAUGAAAUAACCAUAAUUUGGGCAACAACAAUAAGAAAGAAGAAACUAUACCUAUAAAAUAAAAAGCAUUAGAUUUUAAGCUCUUUGUUGACUAAAACAUCAUUUUAAAAACCAAUUUUUCUUAUAGGAAGAAGUACACGAUGCCACAACAGCUCCACUAGUAGACUUUGUCACCUCUGGUUGUAACGCUACAGUAUUCGCCUAUGGUCCUACAGGAAGUGGCAAAACUUACACAAUGGUUGGCACAGCUGAGAGACCGGGUCUUAUGACAUUGUUAACCAGAGCUUUAUACGAAAAGUUGGGAAAAGAAGAUACUGUUUACAUAUCAUUCUUGGAAAUCUACAACGAAGUCAUCAAGGACCUUCUGAAUCCAGGUGCUGGCGCUUUGGAUUUGUUGGAGGAUGAGAAAGGGAAUGUGCUGGUGCCUGGGUUGUCUAGGGUCAAAGCACCUAACACUAAUAAGGUAAGGUAGUUUUAAGAUAUUGAAAUAAGUUUUGGAAAGAUAGCUAAAAUAAUAUGUUUUUAUAUUCUGCAUCAACGAAUUCUAUAACAAAAUAAAAUAUUUUUAAAUUUUAGAUUAUGCAAAUUCUUCAAGAAGGCAACUCUCGUCGAACCCAAGAACCAACGGCAGCCAACAAAUCAUCUUCUAGAAGCCAUGCCCUGCUCCAAGUAACUCUAUAUAAGAAGCAAGUCCAACAUGGCAAGCUCUUCCUCAUUGAUCUAGCCGGCUCUGAGCGAGCUUCACAAACUCAAAAUCAAGGUCAGAGAUUGAAAGAAGGAGCAGCCAUCAACCGGUCGUUAUUAGCCUUGGGAAACGUUAUCAAUGCUUUGAGUACGAACAACAAGGGACGAUAUGUCAAUUACCGUGACAGUAAACUGACAAGACUACUCAAGGAUUCAUUGGGGGGAAACUCUAAGACAAUUAUGUUAGCUCAUGUGACACCAGCUUCUUUGAAUUACGAUGAAACUUAUAACACAUUGGUAUAUGCAAAUAGAGCUAGGAAUAUCACUACAAGGGUAAGAUGGUCCACAUAUUUGUGUUAUAGUAAAAAAACGUUUUAAAGACAAUUUACAGUCUUGUGAUUUGAUACCCAUAGAAAAAAGUACUAUACCUAUAACAAACAUUUUGGACAGGUAAACUUUGUCACAUUAAAUCCGAAAUUCACGCUCAAGAACGUUCGUUUUGAAGUACUAAAGAACGAAAGGUCAUGGUUGAAGUAUUGCAACAGUUAAUGUAUUUCCUCGUGUGACGCUACAUUUCAGAUUGUGUAUAAUCGACCGGCUUCUGCUGACCAAGCCUACGCUGAAGCUAUGAAAGACUUCAGAAGACAAGCUCAGGAACGAGUUGGAAUGUCUCACGCUGAAUCUUCACAUCAAAGUAAGUAUGCUGUAUCGUAACGAAGGAGUUAUAAAAGCAGAUAUUAUAUCCCAUAUCUACUAUAAUGUGUUAUAAUAGAUAUUAUAUUUUAUAUCUACUAUAAUAUACUAAUAAAACACAUUUCAGUAUCCGAAAAAGGUUUGACAACCAAGAACAACAACAUUGACAAUCACAAUUCCAAUCCUCGCCGCUUUGCCAACCUCUUCCACUCUUUGAAAUCACAGUAUUUUGUUACUGUAGAGAAGUUGACCAAGUUAAGAGAAAGACUUAUGAAGAUCAACCACGAGGCGGUCGAUUUGGAAAUGAAUGUUGGAGCAAAGAAGGCAAUCCUCGAUGCUUGGGAGAAUAGGACAAAAGACGAUGAAGAGAAAUAUUCAGAGACUGUAGAGAGAAUCAAAACUGAUAUGUCCGAAAAGGUAAUAGCAACAAUAACUUUGUUUAUUUUUCCCAAUAUAAUCAUUGCAAGAGCAAAAAAGUAGCCAAUAAUGUAAGUUUAAAAAAUUAUUUUUAGGAGAACAGACUGUCAAACCUGCAUGACAAUCGACAGAAGGCAGAACGAUUAAUCAGAAAGAAUCAAGAGAUUCUGGAGGGGAUCGAAGCUAGAAUGAGAGGUCAAGCCAAAGAUGCUGACCAAAACGAAAUGGUCAAUUUAUUGGUAAAAAUGGCUGAACGAGAAGCUGAAAGUAAGUGUGAUACAUGAGGAUAGAAUGUAUACAAUAUCUAUUAGUACGGUGCUGCUUUGUUGGUGAAGUGUUCAUAAGCACGAGUUUUAGCAAAAAUAACAUUAUUUUGGCCAAAGUGCAAUUAUGAAACAAUAUUUAUAUAAAUUGUUUCAAAAUGCCAUGGGAAUCCACCCAAACAUUAAAAAUUAACUUCGUUAUUCUUCUCCAAUGUUUGCUCUCAAAUCUCACAAAUAUUGUCAAAACGUUAUACGGUAAUCAUACUAACUACAUCAAACCUAUAUUCAGAGAUUGCACUGGCAUCAGACGCCGAAUUGAAGAACCUGAGGCUAAGACGUCAAGAGAACUCGCUACUCAAGGUUCAGAAGUACGAACAGAUAGCUGACAAACUGAUAUCAGCCAACUUGUCUGAUGAAGAACGACAGAAACUGCAGGCUGAAUACCGUGUCAUCAAGACUCAACUCAACUAUCAUCUGAUUCCUCUACAAGUACGAGACAACAUGACAUCGUGGAACUCUCAGCUUCUGGAUAGGAAAACGAGUAAUAUAAAACCAGUAAAACGGGUAAAGCUACCUGAAAUACCGAGCUCGGCAUCCACUACAAACUCGGAACAAGGUAAAUGCUUCAAUGUAUAAUAAUAUUGACAUAAAUUUAAAAAGUGUUUCGUAAUUACCCAAAACAAUACUAUUGUAAGAUAUACCAAUUACCGUGUGAUAUAAAUUACAGGUUCAAAACGAUCCACAGUUCAACGGUUACCAGCAAUCAAGAGUUGA